GGCUGGGUUUCUUUUUUAUCCAAGAAGAGAGGGGGGGGGGAAAUCAAGAGUUUCAAGCAUGACGAGACAAAGACACUGAGUGAACACUGACAAAUAAUGAUUUAAAAACGUCCUCAACUUACCAUGGCCAUAAGGGAGCUGAAAGUUUGCCUUUUAGGGGACACUGGAGUUGGGAAAUCCAGCAUUGUUUGCCGAUUUGUACAGGAUCAUUUUGACCACAACAUAAGUCCCACAAUAGGAGCAUCAUUCCUAACCAAAACAGUGCCAAGUGGAAAUGAACUACACAAAUUUCUGAUCUGGGAUACAGCCGGACAGGAAAGGUUUCACUCAUUAGCACCCAUGUACUACCGAGGAUCGGCUGCUGCUGUCAUUGUCUAUGACAUUACUAAGCUGGACUCUUUCCAGACACUGAAGAAGUGGGUAAAGGAGCUGAAAGAACACGGUCCAGAGGACAUUGUUGUAGCCAUAGCCGGGAACAAGAAUGAUUUAGGAGACAUCAGGGAAGUUCCUAUGAAGGAAGCUAAGGAAUUUGCUGAAUCAAUUGCAGCCAUUUUCAUUGAGACUAGUGCCAGAAAUGCUGUCAAUGUUGAAGAGCUCUUUCAGAAAAUCAGUAAACAGAUUCCACCCCUGGAAAAUCCUGAGGUGGACAGCAACGAGUCCUUUAAACUCACCCGGCAGCCCGCUCCUUCCGCCAGGAGGUGUUGCUAGUACCAACAGUGCCUGAUGAGAUUACUUCCUUCGGUACCGCAGACCCCUCCAGCACAGCACAUAGUCCACUAUGCACACAGUGUCUUAAUCCUGGAAAAGACGAGACAGUGGACCGAGGUCAGCUUGCACAUGUGAUGAACUGCAACAUGAAACAGAAAGACCUACCAAUAGUAUUUUAUGUGUCAUUGCACAUUUAUUUUAGUCAUUUAAUUGUAGCAGUUUCAACUCUGACGAGGUCAGGAAGCAAAAAGCCUUCAGUUUGUCCCCCUCAGCUGGUGUUUUGCCUGAAUUACAUUAAGAUUUCUGUCUGUGUGACAGCUCAUGACAAAGAGAUGAAUUUAUCCCAUUUUCAAUCUUAACUUUAAAAUUCAGCACAAAUUAAUAAAAAAAAAUCUGGAUUUUGGCUGUUCAUGAAAUUUCAAGAGUCAGUUGCUUUGUAGAUCUUGAUUGUGCCGUGGCUCUUAAAUGGCAAACACAAAAGGCAACCCUUUUCUUCUUGUGGGACUUGUAUAUCAUUUUCGUAUAUAAUUGAAAUAGAAUAUUUUAAUAAACAGUCAAAAUCAAACCUUAGAUGAGCGUUAACUUCUGUAACUCAAAUGCAGCCGCUUUACAUUCCACUUUGUCAUGUGUUUUCACACACACAUUUGCUGUAUAAGGGUUUAACUGUAAUGCUGCAGAAUAAUAAGGUUAGAGGCCUAAAUUGUGACUAAAAAUAACAGUAUGACACUCCCUGUUGAAACACUGUGACCAAUACUAGAAUUGUUUACGUAGUGAUUUGUUAAAGAUGUUUUCUACAUGCUGAAAUUUCACUACAGGGAAUGACUAUACGACUGCCACACAUGAGUUUUUUUGUGUAUUUCUUAUAUUGUUAAGAAGAGAAACGACCUGCAUGUAUUUUACUCUAAACAUGUCUAAAGCUGUUAAAGUUCCUAAAGAGUUUUACUCUAUAUACUAACCAAACUGUAAAAGAAUAUAUGGGAAUGUAGCCCUAAACCAAUCAAUUUCCUUGCAAAAAAGUGGAAAUGGGUAACAAUGAAAAUAGUCCUUAGCCCAGUUGUGUAAACUAAGAUUACAGGAUGAUAAUUGUUUGCUAUUGUUUCUUUGGCAGUAGUGCCCUUGGAUUUGACCACUUUAGAAAUUUAUAUCAGCACUUUUGCAUACAUCAAAAAGUGAGUUAGUAAGUACAUACAUCCCAGAAAGUGAUGCGACCUGACUUUUUCUGAAUCCUGAACUGAGAAUAUAAUCACCAAGGAUAUUAAGCUGCACACAAUCUUCCACAUUUAACGCAAUGAGCUGAAAUUGAAAGUUGAAUUUGGAGCUGCUUGGUGGGCCAGAUGUAUUACGGUAUGUCAAAUGUACCAUCAGAUUUAUAAACAUUUCAUAAAAUGCAGAUUUUUCAAUGCGGUUUGGCAUGAUAUUACUUUCAUACAAGCGAUAAUGACAUAUUGUACAAAUACAUUUUUUGAGAUAUUGGGAUUUUUUCCAUGUUGACAUUAUGAUGAGAUUACAGCAGCCUACAAUAUUUGUCGCCACAUGUGCCUUUAUUUUUUUCUAAACAAAUGUGUGACAUGGCUAAAGAGUGCAUACUAAUAAUGCAUGAAUUACUUAAUUUCAAGGAGUACAGACUAAUUGUAAGCAUAACAGUCAACUUUGAAACUGCCAAUUAUCUGCAGCCAUCCUUAUACUGUAUGCCUAAGUCAUGCUUUCCUGUAUCCUCUGUAGGCCAGAUUAACCUUUGUGUAUUAAUCAAUGUAAUAAAGUAGUGUUUAUUCUC